AAGGAAGUACAGACAAAGAAGAAGUCCGAGAGAAACUCUGCUCUCACAUUUUAAUGAACUGUUUCUUGUCUUUCUCCUCUUUUCCUUCUGCAUUAUUAGAAAUGUAAAGUUAAUGUGUUUUUUUUAAAAGCUAAGCGUCAGAGCUUCAUUGUCGUUUUCGAUGUGAAGAUGGACCAAACCUUGCGUUGUGUGCUGGGGUUUUUCUUGCUGAAUUUGAUCCCCCACGGAUUGGCUCAAGGUAACCGUCCCCGUGUGACCACAACAUCCAACUGGCCUGAAACAUUCUGGGCUGAGACGCUCACUCUCAGAUGUGAGAUUGAGGGAGGUGGAGACUCUGAAUGGACGUUUGGAUGGAGAAGAGACAGAACAUUCAGCUCAGACAAAUAUACAGCAGACAAUAAAUACAUUAUUAGCAGAGCCACUGAAUCUGACAACGGAGACUAUGAGUGCAUCGGCAGAAGGGGCCACACUAAUUCUACCUUCACGCCUUGGAGUGAACCCUUCAAAUUGACUGUAACACCAAGAAGACCAAAGGCUGAACUGAGAGCUGACAGCACAUCAAUUCCAGCAGGGGGCGCUGUGACCCUGACCUGUGAUGUGAACCCUCCAUCAUCUGGCUGGACGUACAUCUUGUACAGAGGAGAUCACUCGCGCACACAAGAUGAUGGUAAAAACUUCAAUGGACGAAUCAGUGUCUCCCAGGGAGGAGUCUACUGGUGCGGAGGAGAGAGAGGAGAACCAGUUUACUACACUCAUUACAGUGAUUCAGUCACUAUCAACAUCAUUUUAUCAAACAGAGCUGUUGUGACUCUUCAGCCCCGUUGGACUGAGAUAUACAGCGGAGAGAAGAUCACUUUUAGAUGUGAAAUCGAGGGUGGAGACGACUCUGAGUGGGAGUAUGAGUGGGAAACAACCACCUCUGAAAGAUCUGUAAGACAGAGUAAAUCCUUUGAAAUGACUGCUACUUCUUAUAGGGAAGGAGAAUACAAGUGUAAGGGAAAACACAAAACUGAGGUACUUUCCUCAACACCAUGGAGCACUCCAAUCACCUUGAAAGUAUCAGGUAAGAUGGACUUAAAAUCAACAUGAAAACAAGUUUUAAGAAGGUUUGUGUAUGUUAAGAGAAGCUAUCAUUCAUAGCUGAGCAGUACUCAAAUUGUGACUUUAUUUCUUCAUUGAGAAAGUUUUAGUGCAGAUCACAGUGAUUAAGUGUGUCUUUGGUACAAUAAGUUUCAUGGAU